AUGAAGGAGAAGGCCUGCGUUGCCUACUUCAACAUCCCCGUCGAUCCCAUCGCCCUUGGUAUCCCCCAGUACAUGGAGAUCAUUAAGAAGCCCAUGGACUUGGGGACGGUGAAGGAGAAGCUGGAGAGCGAGUGCUACGAUCAUGUGGAAGCGUUGGCGGCAGAUAUCAACCUCGUGUGGGACAACGCCAUGUACUUCAACCCUGCUGGCACGGACGUCCACGAAUGUGCCAAGGCACUGAAGGAC